AUGGUGAAAACGGAGCAAGUCCAGGUCCACAGGUUCGACCACAACAACACUGAAGUCAUAAAGACUGGUCCGAUUGCUAACAUCUAUCUGCAAUACUUGCUUCUUGGCCUUCGUCGGAUUUUGGGCAUAUCUUCUCGUUCAUCUCUUUUUCUAAGCACAAAUGUCUUUUCUGUGUUAUUAAAUCCCGUUGGCGAUGCUCCAAUCUUGAAAAAAAGAAAAUACGCUGUUGAUCCUUCCCGUGAUAUCGCUUGGAAAAUGAUGGGGCUGGUUGAUUACGACAGUGAGUCGGGAAGCGACGAGGAAUCGAAAACUUUGCAACCACAGCCUAAAAAUAUUUCCGCAGCAGAAGACGGAGAUUUCUUUUCUACCAAAAGCGAUAAUGAUGGAGAUAACGAAUGCACAACAAACCCAGCACCACUAUUUGACGAAGAUGAGAAGGAUCUCGAUGAUGUGAAGCGACCCCAGAUUGCUUUAUUUGGUGCACUGAACAUGGCAGCAGAUCCGGGAAGUGAUAGUGAGGAAGAGGAAACAAAACCGGGACCAUCUGGGCUUGCUCAACCCGGUGCAAAAGGAUUACUUGGAAUGUUACCUCCUCCAUCGAAAAUGGCAGCCACAAAACCAGCAAAGAAACCCACACCUGCGCCAGCUGUUACGGCAACAACAACAAUCAAGAAGAAACCUCUCAUUGAUGAUCAAGAUUCUGAUUCUGAUGAUGAAGCUGGCGAUUUCUUUGGUCUUACUUCAAGUGCGCCGAGUGCUAAGAUGGCAAGAUUGGAGGACCAAUCCGAAAUUCCUAUGAUGCCCAGUGGAGGACUUGAGGAGGUUGUUGGACCAAUGCGGCCGGCGGCAAAUGAAUACGUUCAUCCGUCGGAAAUGUACAAUAUGGCUAAUUUCGAGAUGGAGGCAAAGCGCAAAGGAAUCAUUACUGACCAGGAAGCUCAUCGUUUGAUUCUUCAGAGGGAAAGCGAUUUUGGAAUGGGAGUUUCAGACAUUGUGAGCAAUAUCCAGGAUUUCUCAGUGGAACAGGCACUCGGCCCGAAUGUUCAUGCGCAACUCUUGCGUAACAUCACGAAGCAACAACACGCAAAAUCGACCGCCAUCCCGUUGCCUAAAGUUGCAGGUGUGCGCGAUAUCAACGCAAAGAGGAAGAAUCAAAUUACGUAUCUUGCACAAAUGGCUGUUGCCAGAGAAGAAGCUUUACAAGAUGCAAGAGCAGACUCGAAGCACACCAAGAGAAUGGCCAGGCAAAAAUACGGCUUC